CUGCACUGAAGGGUGUGACAUUAAAUCUCAAACCACAUCUAAAAUGAAGCCUACUGAAUCUAGGUCCUGGUUUCUGUCUUUCUCCAAUGCAAUUGCAGUUGGUUUACAGAUGAGAAAGCAUGAAAUUAACAGUUCAAUCAGUGGAGAUCUGGAUGAAAAUGAAACUGAACAAAAAAGUGAGCUUCGGAUUGUCCUGAUUGGAAAGACGGGAGUUGGAAAAAGUGCAACAGGAAACACCAUCCUGGGACAAGAAGUUUUUGAAUCAGCAUUUUUGGCUUCAUCUGUUACUCGCAAAUGUGAAAAGAAAUUUGGGGUUGUUAAUGGAAGAAGAAUUUCAAUUAUUAACACUCCUGGAGUUUUUGACACGAGUGUGAGCAAAGAAGAUACAGAGAGAGAGAUUAAGUACUGUAUGUCUUAUUCUGCUCCAGGUCCACAUGCCUUUCUAGUUGUCCUUAAACUGGAAAGAUUCACUGAAGAAAAUGCAAAAGCAUUAGAAUACAUUGAACGAUUAUUUGGUAAAGAAGCUAUAAAUUACACCAUGGCGCUGUUCACUCAUGCAAGUCAGGUUAAAGAUCAGGAGGACUUUGGGGCGUAUGUGAGCAGUGAUGAAAGACUACAGGCAUUUGUCAGAAGAUGUGGAGGAGACUGCUUUUGGAUUGACAAUGACAAAAAGGAUCCAGCACAUGUUAUGCAGCUGCUAGACAAAAUUGAAGAAAUGGUGCGAUUUAAUGGCGGUGCAUACUACACUAAUGACAUGCUUCAGGAGGCAGAGAGAGCAAUCGAAGAAGAGAAACAACGGAUCCUGAAAGAGAAUGAAGAAAGGUACAAGAAGCAGAUGAAGGCUCUAGAGCAACAAAAUCUAGAGCGUGAACAAUUCGAGAAAAUGAAAAGGCAGCUACAAAAUCAACAGGAGGAACAGGCAAGAAGACAAUAUUAUUAUUAAUUAUAUUAUUAUUAUUAGUAAUAACUAUAACAUAUUAUGGUAACAGUCUGUUACCAUAAUAAUUAUAAAUUGACUUUUCCAUACUUGCUUGCCAUGACACUUCACUUUUUAAGUCCUUUUGUUGACGUUACUAUAGUUACUAUAGUUUUUUCUUUUCAUCAGUGAUGUAUAUUCGAGUUGUAUAUAACAAUAGUGUUCAUAAAUAAUGUUUAUUGCAUUAUUUUAAUUCUAUGUCUGUUACCAUAAUGGUGCUUAGCCCUUGUGUGAAUGACGCUGAGAAUGUAUUGUGUUUCUAUGCUCCUGGGAAAAGUGAUUUGUGAUGAGCUAUGCCAUUCUCAUCACCACCUGCUUUUGGUUGUGUUUUUGUCUGUAACAAAGGUAUGAUGUGUAGAUGUUAGUAUUUAAAAACUGGUGUAUAAAGUAAUUUAAUAAAGUAGAUAACCAUA